AUGGAUUUCAAGUUACAAAGAUAUUUCCUUUUUCCCCUUCUUGGUCUUUUGGCUAUCACCCUUUUAACUCACUGCAGCCAACCAGUUUUUGAUGAUCAAUCAGGAUUCGUGAGUAUCGAUUGUGGAUUACCAGAAAACUCAACCUAUACUGGCAGUAUGUUUCCAGUAACUUACACGAGCGAUGAAAUGUUCAUAAACACGGGUGUAAAUGCACGUCUAUUGCCUAAAUUCAUUUCCAAUGAUACAGAAAUUUACUUAGAGACUGUUAGAAGCUUUCCACAAGGGAAAAGGAACUGCUACAAUCUAAGAUCAUCUAAAGACAAAGAUAGCAAAUUUCUAGUACGUGCCUUUUUCAUGUAUGGUAACUAUGAUAAUAAAAGUCAUGUACCAAAGUUUGAUUUGCAUAUUGGUACUGAGCUUUGGGACACAAUUCAACUGGAUAAUUCCUCUCAUUUCAUAAACACGAGAGUUAAGAACCCAAAAUUAUAUUCUAAUCUAAUCAAUAGUUUCUCUUUCGUCUGCUGCAGAUAUAGCUUUGACGCUUAUGAUCGAAUUUGGGAAGCUCUUCAACUUCCAGAAUGGGAUAUUGUUUCCACAAGACGAGAAGUCGACAGAGAUAUCGAGAACGAUUUUUACCCACCAACUCUUGCUAUGGGGACGGCAGCAACGCCACUGAAUUCUACUACCUGGACUCUCUCUUGGGGUCCUGCAGAUCCCAAUAUUGACUACCAUACCUACUUGUAUUUUGCUGAAAUAGUGAGCCUUUUGCCUAAUCAGACCAGAAAAUUUGAUGUCAUCAUUAAUAGUGAAACAGUCUCCUGGGAGGAAUUGGAGCCAGAGUAUUUGACCACUUUUGUGAUGAACGACAAGCGAAUGGCUAGCAAUUUUAACUAUACAUUGCGUCAAACCAACAAUUCGACAUUGCCUCCUCUUAUUAACGCGCUUGAGGUUUAUGCUGCCAAACGGUUCUUCAAGGUUCAUACUGAUGAAAAUGAUGUUGAUGCAAUUAUGGAUAUUAAGAAAACUUAUGAUGUGAAGAAAAACUGGCAAGGAGAUCCAUGCUUGCCGAAAGAUUACACAUGGGAAGGUCUUCGCUGCAAUUACAGUUCCAGCAGUUCCACACGAAUUAUAGGCUUGGACUUGUCCUCCAGUGAAUUAAAUGGGGAGAUUCCAUCUUCUCUAUCAAAUCUAACUGCUUUACAGUACUUGGAUCUAUCGGACAAUGAUUUAACAGGUCCAAUACCAAGUUCUCUUGCUGGAUUUGCGUUCUUGAGAUUCUUAAACUUAACUGGAAACAAGUUCUGGGGUUCAAUUCCUCUUGGACUUGCUGAAAAGGCUAAUAAUGAAACCUUAUUGCUCAGCAUGGAUGGAUUCAUACCCCUCAUUAAGAAUCAUUGUCAAUCAGCUCAAUGUACAAAAAAGAAGCUUUCUAUUCCAGUAGUUGCAUCAGUAGCUGUACUGUUGAUGCUCUUGAUUGUGGUAAUCACCAUCUGUUACUUCACCAAACGCAAAGGGGAUAAAAGGGUCGAUUCUUUUGACUCAAGAAGCCAACGUUUUUCAUACACUAAAAUAGUGAGUAUGACCAACAACUUUGAGAAGAUUUUAGGCAGAGGUGGAUUUGGAUUAGUAUACCAUGGCUACUUGGACAACAAAGAAGUUGCUGUGAAGAUGCUUGCUGAGACAGGAUACAAGGAAUUUCAGAUUGAGGCUGAGCUAUUGGGAAGAGUUCAUCACAGAAACUUGAUUUCACUUGUUGGGUAUUGUUAUGAAGGUGCUUAUAUGGCGCUUGUGUACGAGUACAUGGCAAAUGGGACUGUAAAAGAGCAUCUCAAUGGUCCAAAAUCAUUGACUUGGAUAGAGAGACUUCAGGUGGCCCUGAAUGGAGCAGAAGGUUUGGAUUAUCUGCAUAAUGGUUGCACGCCACCUAUUGUCCACAGAGAUGUUAAGAGUACCAACAUCUUAUUAGAUGAUAACUUCCACGCAAAACUUGCCGAUUUUGGAAUUUCUAGAGCUUUUUCUGUAGAUGAGAGCUCUUUCGUGUCAACUGCAGUUGUUGGCACUAUCGGUUAUCUUGAUCCAGAGUAUGCUCAUUUACAGAAAUUGCAUGAAAAGAGUGAUGUUUAUAGCUUCGGAGUCGUGCUUUUGGAACUCAUCACAGGGCAGCCUCCUGUGGUAACAAGCAAGAACUGUCACAUAACUCAAUGGGUUGGUAAUUCUCUUACUACUGGUGAUGUUGCCGAUGUUAUUGACCCCAUGCUAGAUGGAACCUAUGAUAGUGAAUUGGUGGAAAAAUAUGUAAGAUUAGCAAUCAGUUGUUGCUCACCCUCUUCUACUAAUAGGCCAACCAUGCAUUAUGUGUCUAGCAGACUGGAGGAAUAUUUAGAAGCUGCAACAGAGGCUACUAAAGGCAUAAUGGUUUAUUUUGAAGAUUCAACCACAAUCCCUGUGCUUCUUGAUAGCAAGUUCUCAAGCAAAUUUUAAUUUUAAUUAUUUACAGGAGUCUGCAAUAUAAGGACUUGCUUUUUGAUGCAUUUUUGUUAAAAAAAAAAUUGUCUUCUUUUUAUCCAUCUCUUUUGGCCUGUAAUUUGUACUAGUGGACAGCUGUCCAUGCAUUUUUACUUUUUGUACACUGUUAUUGUUGAGAAUUUUGAAUGUUUCAAAUACAAUCUCUGUUCAGUAAA